AUGUCAGCGCCGGCUCCCAACCCGCAGCAAGACAAGAUCUUCACCUUCACGAUCACGGGAGAUAAUGGUAAUGUGCAAACAUUCACGCGGACAGCUGACACUGCCGACUUCGGUAGUUUAACGAAUAACGCUGCCUCCUUCGAGUCUGAUUUCACCCGAACAACGGCAGGAACGGCGGAAACCACAACUAGUGGAGCAAGCGUCGCCUCUGUAACACAAAGCGAGUCGAUUCCGACCAUACCUUCGACACUGUUAACAUCAACAACACCAACACAGGACUCUGCGUCCGCUGCACCCGAGGCUUCUGGUGUCAGUAGCGGAUCUAACGGCGAGAAUCCAUCAGUCUCAGACAAGGCCUGUAACAGUAUAUCAUGCAAUGCUGGACUACAAGCAGCCAUUGCUGUCCCAGUGGUAGUGAUCUCACUGCUCAUACUACUUCUGGCCUUCUGCUGUAUACGAAGGCGGAAGCGGAGGCAGGCAGGGAGGGAAGACGUCGCUGUAGCCUCGAUGUCAGAGAAGAGGAAGAAACUACCGAAGAAGUGGUCACGACAUCUGCGGAUAUUCUCAUUCGAUGCUGAACUACUGAUGGGAGGACGGUUCUCAAGCAGCAAUAGUCUGCGAAGCAGAGAAACAGGCAGCCAACGGAGCGGGCAACGGGCACACACUGCCAGCCCAAGCAUUCACAGCGUCGAUGAAGAAGUGGCACCCCCAUACCGAGAUGCCAUAUCCCACACGCAGCCGCCUUCUACUGUCCCAAUGGCGCUGGGAGCAACGCCGACAACGUCUGAUCCCUUCCCUCGCCCUAACUCUGUGGCCACCGCUUCUACCGCACCACCUGCCUACCCAGCUGCUAGUGGUGCAACUGCAGCAGGUGCUGGCGCAACUGGACUGGCAGCUGUUACAAACCUCUCGCGUGCCAGCUCUCGCGCUUCUACAACGUCACAAACGCCUGUCUCCACACGCUCUUUGAACGAUCCCUUCAGGAAUGACAUAGUCUCACCUGUCUCACCAGACGACACCCGUUCACCAUUCUUAGACCCGCCUAUCUCGCCGAGUCAGUCGAUCAGGCGGCCUCGCGGGGACGACUUCGAUGAUGCGCAGUCUACAAUUUCGAGCGUAGCUGAAGUCGCUAGUUUGAGGGAAGCACAGGUCGGCAGGAAGCUUAGCACGAACCAGGGAAGGCGGGUCUGA